UAAAUAAGAAAAAAAAAAUCCUUAGUUGAUAGUUUCAUCAUUUAUCUUUCUACAAAAAACAAUGACGAUGUCAUGUAGUUGAGUCAAAUAAUUAAAACGCAAAUAUGGGUUAUCACACUUCUAGUUCACUCUUCUAGGAUCCGACCCCUUAACUUGUCCAUUCAACUCCUAGCCUACUUAUUCUCCAUCAUGAAGUGGUUGUAGUUAACAUAUGUACUUUGUUGUAACUUCAAGAAGCUCCUCAUUCGAGUCUUUGAUAGCUCAGAGGAUCUUCUACGCAUCGUAACUUAGUAAACUUAAGUUAUGAGGAAAUCCGAUGAGCCAGUUCCACAAACGGAGAGCUCCGAUGAGAGUUCAAUCGACCUUGCAAGCUUGUCAGGUGAAAUUUUUUUAGAGCUUGCAAAAGGGAAGUAUGGCAAGAGAGAUGGAGGAAAUAGAUCAACGUGGUCAAUACAAUGCGAUAGAAAUUCAAUACAACGUGCUAUACAAUCUAUAUUGUUUGGGAUAGGAUGUUUGUUCGUCAUCAUGAUUUAUUUUGGCCCGAUGCUUGUGGACCCUUUGUUCUUGUACGUUCCCAUCAUCAAUGAAAAUAUCAAGUGUCUCGCGUUGGACGAAAAAUUAAAAAAAAUAGCUAUUGUUUUGAGAGCAUUUACAGAUCUCGUUUAUCUACUUCAAAUCAUCUAUUUUGUGUUGCCUACGCGGUGCAAAUUGAGCAUUAUGGAAGAUCUCCUAACUGCUGAUGAGUUUUUCGUACUACGCAAAUCCCUAAUACAAAACAUUUUAGCUGUUCUUCCUAUUCCACAAAUCGUAAUUCUAAUUUUCCUUCCAACAACAAGGAACUCAAGAUCUUUGAAUAGAAUGAAGUUUUUGAACUCACUUAUUCUAUUGCAAUAUGUUCCACGAGCUUAUCCAAUGUACAGAGUAUGUAAGGACUUUAACAAGGAAACACGUGAACGUAGCAAGGAACUUGCUAGGAGAAGGCAAAUAUGGAUUCCAGGUGUAUUAAAUUUCAUCAUGUACUUCCUUGCUAGCCAUGUACUUGGGGCAUUUUGGUACUUUUUUUCUGCUCAGCGAGAGAUGGAUUGUUGGAUCUCUGCUUGUCGAAGUGAAAAUGGAUGCAACUUAAGUACUUUACAAUGUGAUAAUACUCAUUUCAGAAACGUCACACUUCUAAAUGAUUUAUGUCCAACAAAUCCACCAAAUCCAAUGGCAUACGAUUUUGGCAUAUUCAUUGACACUCUCCAGUCUGGCAUAGUGGGAACAACAGAUUUUCCUCACAAACUCUUGAUGUGUUUCUCAUGGGGAUUACGAAAUCUAAGUUCUUUUGCUUCAAACCUCAACUCUAGUACCUAUGCAUGGGAAAGCGUAUUUGUAAUUUUUAUUUCGAUCAGUGGCCUGCUACUAUUCAUGUAUCUGCUUGGACAUGUGCAGAUAUUUAUGCAGGCAAUUAGCAAAACAUCCAAGAUAUCGCAGCGGAAAUCAGUCAUAUGUCCACAAAUAAAGUUCAUGGUAUCUGAAUAUAGACUCCGUAGCGAAAUACAAGAUGAGAUUUGGGAAUUAGUAAGAGAAGCACUUGAAGUGGACGAAGAUAAUCCUGCGGCGAAUAUCUUCUCGUUACUUCCUUUGCAACUUACGAAACAUAUGAAGCGGUAUCUCUUCUUGGCUACACUACGGAAAUUGCCAGGGCUUGAAAACAUAGACAGACAAGUGUUGGAAAAAAUCAUGAAACAUCUUGAGCCAGUUAGCUAUGCUGAUGGUACCUAUAUUAUUCGAGAGGGGGAGCCACUAGAUAGGAUGCUCUUCAUCACGCAGGGCAUUGCACUUGCUUACAAGACUGGAACUACUGGUGGCGAAAGUGGCUCGUCAAGCACUACACAUAUUGCGAAAGGUGAGGUUUAUGGAAAAGAACUUAUGGCUUGGGCGGCAACAUCUACUCCAUUUUCCGGCUUACCCAUCUCAGACCAAACCGUCAAGUCCCACGAAAAAGUUGAAGUCUUUGCAAUCAGGGCUGCCAGAUUAAAACGAAUUGUCUCUAAGUUCCCGACAGAUUUCAACACAGAGGUUAUUACUACGGUGGAAAUAACUAGUAACUAGAUUUUUAAUUCAAAAUAAUUAUAUAUUCAGCUAUUUUUCAAAUUUAAAGAAUUUAAACGUCAUCUACUUUCCUCAACAUUAGCAAAACACAAGAAUACCUGUCAGGUUCAAUUGUACCACAAUUGUAAUAGAGAAAGCUCUUUAUGUGA